AUGGGCAGCACCCUAGCGGCGCGAUACAGGUGGAUAAUUAGCGGGCAAGAUGGGGACGGACGCUGGACAAACGACAAUAGACGCAACUGGACAACGCACGAUGGCAGCGAACACGAAACAGCCAGGAACUGGACAGAGGGGCAGUCAGGGACAGAUAGACAAGUUCGUCAGAGAGAUACGUUUGGUCUGGGUUCUGACACACACGCCCUCACCCUCACCCUCACCCUCACCCUCACCCUCACCCUCACCCUCACCCUCACCCUCACCCUCACCCUCACCCUCACCCUCGUGAGAUCAAACCAGGCCUUCACUGGCCGGCCAGCAUCAGACCGGAGGGACCUCGACGCCUGUAGCCGCUGGCUCAACAAGCUGCCGCCGUAGAUGCCCAGCGGGUAAAGAGCUCACUAAACAGGUGCCUGACUACCACCCGGCGCAUGGGAGGUGUUCGGCUGGCCAUCCCGCUCCGUCCAAACGAUCCAGAGGUGUGCAUGUGCCGCUGUAAGGCACCUUGGGUACCUUGCACAUGCAUGUUAGGCUCUGGCCUCUAAGUUGCUUGGAGGCUACUCUGCCAAUCCAUGCUGCCGUGGGAUGCUGUGCAGUGGUGUCGUGGUGCAGUGGCUCCUCCGUCUAGACC